UGUUGCACUUAGGGGAAUAACUUUGUAUAAGUUUUCUAUGUGUGCACCUGAUUUUUUUUAUGUGUAUAGGCCACGGAACAUUUAUGGAGGACAGCGUCGCCACACUUUGUAUUCGUUGCUGAAUUCUGAACUUCCAAGUUGUCAAAACUUGUCGCCGGUAAAUUCAGUUUGCAAUUGAGAUUAUACGAUGGAGAAAAAGGAAGAGCCAAUUGAAAUUGAAAAUACUAAUUAUUAUCCAAUACUAAUAGCACUUGUUGUCAUACUUAUUACUGUGGUCAUAUUCGCUUUAUAUAAAAGAAAGAAAACUUCAAGGCGUGGUAUAUUGAUCACUGGACUUUGUGACAGUGGUAAGACAGUUAUAUUUUCCCAGCUUGUGCAUAAUAAGUAUGUGGAAACUCAUACAUCAAUAAAGGAGAAUAUUGGCAAUUACACAGUCAAUAACCAAACACUCAAAAUAAUUGACAUACCUGGACAUGAACGUUUAAGAGACAAGUUCUUUGAGGAACACAAGAACUCAGCCAAAGGCAUUGUGUUUGUCAUUGAUUCUGUGACUCUGCAGCAAGAUGUCAGAGAUGCUGCUGAUUUCUUGUAUAAUGUUCUAACUGAUACUACAGUGACCUCCAUUUGCCCCAAAAUACUUAUCUUGUGUAAUAAACAAGAUCACACAUUAGCAAAGGGCUGCAAUAUUAUUAAAUCCAUUUUGGAAAAAGAAUUGAAUACUCUGCGUUUUACUAAGGCUCAUCAAUUGGAAUCUGUGGAUUCCAAGUCAAAGAAGAACUCUGGAUUGGGUGAUAUGGACAAAGACUUUGAGUUUUCUGAACUGCCAUUCAAAGUUGAGUUUGAAGAGUCUUAUGGUUGCAACAAGCAAAAAGCUUCAGAUUUAGAUGAUUUGAAGAAUUGGUUGGCCAAAAUUGCUUAAAUUUUAGGUUUCCUAUUAGAUUUAAGUUUUGUUCAUUUUUAUAUAAUUUAUGCUGUUUCAUUUAAUAAGUUUUUGUAAACAAUUUUCAGUUUUUUAAUAAAACGAAUAAGUUUGAAGUAAA